CAGCAGGAAGGUGUGGUCCAGAGCUUAUUCAGGAAAAGGAAAGCACUCAUAUCAGACCAUUCGGAAGGGAAGGAACCUUACAUUCUCACCUUCUCUCUCCCUUCAAUUGGACGAGAACAGCUGGCUUCCUGUCGCGAAUUCUCUUUCCCUGACCUUUGCCCCAUUGAGACAUCCAAUCGUAGCCGCCGCAUUGGCAUCAGCAUCGACGUCGGGUUCAACGCUUCUACCACCUGCUUUACAUCUCCUCACACCUUGCCUUGCCGCAACUUAUCUUUCUCAAAGCAAGGAGCACCUUGGAGUCAGCCCUGCUUUCAGCAUUGAAAACCAUUGCUCCAAGCUUCCGUUCACGUCGCCGACGACCGGCCGUGUCUCACAGACUUUUCACUUGCCAGUCUCGACCAGCAUUGAAUCAAUCUCAAGCCAAACAUGUCGCGUCCGAAACAGCACAUCGUCUUUCUAACGGGACCUACGGGAACGGGAAAGACGACGAUAGCAAAGUACCUGACAAACUCAUUACACAUGACCUUUAUCGAAGGCGACGAGUACCACCCAAAAGAAAAUGUAGAAAAAAUGCACAGAGGCGAAGCCCUCACCGACGACGACCGCUGGGGCUGGCUUGACGUCCUCCGCGACGAGGCCCUCAAGGAACUGGAGCGGGACCACCAGGGUGUCAUCGUCACCUGUUCCGCUCUCAAGCGCGCCUACCGUGACGUCCUGCGCGGCGCCUCGCACCCGGAAAAGGAUAUAUUCGUCCACUUUGUCACGCUGCACGCGCCCGAAGAGGUUCUUUUCGAUCGUGUCAAGAACCGGCACGGUCAUUUUGCUGGGUCCAACUUGGUGCACAGCCAAUUCCAGAGCCUGGACCCACCGCAGGCGGACGAGCUCGACGUCGUUGGCAUCGAUGUGCGGCCGCCUGUGGAUGAAGUGAAGAGGGGUGCGUUGGAGAAGUUGAAGGGUUUGCUGAGUAGGUGAAGAUCGUUGUCACUACAAGGCAAGCACAGCACAGCGAACCGCACAGUCUCUGAGGGACACCGAUUUAUAUACAUAUAUAUAUACAUAAUACUUGGAGAGUCAUCUGCCUUGGGAUCUGGCUGAUCUCCUUCAGAAAAUACAACCCGAAAAGGGAUGGCGAAAAGACUCGCGAAUAGUCUGAAUCCAGUUGUCACUCCUCUUCCAAGCAGCAAACCCCCUUACUCGGCCCAACAAAGCUUUCAGGCAUCUAACAAACCAUAUGAAGCAGAAAUCGCAAUGCUCAGUCUAGUCAGAGUAGCUCAUGAC